UUUUCACAGUUGCAUCGUGCUGAUGUGCGUCAGAGUAGAUGCCAAUUGUGCUGUUCCCGAAGAAGGACAAACCGCAAUUGGCACGUGGUUUUUCUCCCAAGGUAGUGCGGCUAAAUGUUCGCAUCAAAGAGGAUAUUGAGGAGGCAUCCCUGGCGAACAUCUCUCGAUCUGGGCUGCUGGCCCUCUCCAAUGACAUCUCAUCAAACCGUCACGUCACAAAGCUGGACUUCAGGCACGUUUGUUUUGGACCAGAGGAGGGCAGUAUUCUCGCAAAAGGGCUGGCGACAAACAGAGUUCUGCUGGACCUCAACCUGCAGCACAAUAACCUUUCCGAUGUUGGGACUUUGGCAGUUGCACAAGCUUUGACAGAGCAGGGUGUCCUGGAAGCGCUUACGCUAGAUGCGAAUGGGAUCGGAGAUGUCGGAGCUUAUGCCCUUGCAGAGUACGUGUCUUCUUCUCGUACUUUGAAGGAACUGAGACUUUUUGACAAUCACAUCCUCCAGGAUGGCGGUGUUGCAAUUGGGAAUGCUGUCGCCAAGUGCCCCACUCUCAGACAUCUUGACUUGGGUUUGAACGAGAUAGGUGAUCAAGGGGCAGUUGCUGUUGCUACAGCUCUCUGCGACUACAACAAGCUGUCCAAGUUGAGUAUUCGUGCCAACGGAAUCACCAGCGUUGGCGGGAAGGCAUUGGCCAAGGCACUGCGGAAAGACUGCAAGCUGCGAUCAUUGGACCUCCGAGUCAAUCGCCUGCGGGAUGAUGCAGUGAAGCACAUCUUUGAGGCACUUCUUCUCAACUCACACCUACAAGAGCUUGAUCUUGGCCGCAACAGCAUCCGUGAUGAUGCAAUGGAGUUUGUGGCUGAGGUCAUCCUGAAGAACAAAUUCAUCACCAAGCUCAGUUUCGAGGACAACUACUUCACAGAUGAAGCUGCAGAGGUCUUCUUGAAAUUGUUGCAAAAAGCUGAGCACCUGUCCAUGACAGAGUUUACUAUCCACAGCAACUACAUUUCGGAGAUCAAGCUUCAACAAAUUGAUCUGUUUAUGCGCACACAUGCGCGGGAGUUGCAGAAGAAAAAGCGAGAGAACAAACGACAAAGGAGCCAGUCGAAUGUGGGAGUAGGCCAUGGCCAUGAUACUCGAGAUGAGUCAAAGAAUUCUGCAGGGCGCCAGUCCAGUGGCAGUCACUCUCGGAGUACGUCCAGGA